AAUUUUGUAGAUCUUGAAUUAGAAGGCAGAAAUGGUCGUAAAAGCUUGGAUAGUGAAAAUGGGUAACCAAGUAAGCGCCACUCUGAAGCAUGCACUUCUUCUUGAACAUUCUUCGAAGAAGAAGAACCCCAAUAAGCAGCACGAGACCAUUGGCAUCCUCUCUUUCGAGGGUGUCUGUAAUUUGGUUUCCUCUGAUGAAAAUUAUCUUAUGGAGCUUGUUUUGGCUGAGAAGCGGGAAGAACUGAACAGGGUAGCAAGCGUGGUGUCUAUGUUGGGUAAGAAGUGCUGUGAACUUGCUUUGCAGGGGUUUGAGCAUGUGUAUGGGGAUAUUGUAAAUGGCGUUAUUGAUGUGAGGGAGUUGGGGUUCUUGGUGAAAGACAUGGAGGGUAUGGUGAGGAAGAUGCAGAGGUAUGUGAAUUGUACCACGAAUUUGUACAAUAAAAUGGAUGUCUUGAAUGAGCUAGAGCAAGCCACCAAGAAGUUUCAGCAUAAUCAGCAUGAGGAGUGCCAUAGGGCUUUUGAACAGAAAUUGGUUUGGCCGAAGCAGGAUGUGAGGCAUUUGAAGGAAAUUUCGCUUUGGAGCCAAACUUUUGAUAAGAUUGUAGUGGCAAGUGUUGAGGUUUUAAUGGUCCAAUGCCCAGAAUCAAACCAAUCAGCAACACAAUCAAACACCCAAGAACAGAAUAAGCAAACAAAGUAAAAUAAAGAGGACACCAGAAU